AUGGGUGACCCGCAGUACAUGAAGUUCCCCGACCUCAGACUGGCCCAGUCUGUCUUCACCCUCGCCUCGCCCUCUGCUCAAUCCUCAGCGAAACAAUCAUCUCUCACAACCCUCCAAGAUGCUAUCCGAGAGCACAAGAUGGCUCCCUUGUACUACUACCUCGCACAUCCCCAGACUGGCAAGCUGAAUGCUUCCGGAGAGUCUGGCUCGAGCCAGGACACCUCAUCAUCCUCGCCGCCAUCGCUACGAAGAACAUCCAGCAUCAACACAACCAGCAUCAUCGGUGUUCUUGGUGGACUCAAGCAUACCAAAGGAGCUGAUCUGCCUUGGGACGACAAGUUGUACGAGUCGAUGAAGCGCGAGAACGACCAAGAGUUGGCUGCUAUCCAGAAAGAGGAGGAUGAAGCUGCUGAGCGCGAAGGCGAUAGUGAAGUCAACGCUGCCCGAGGCAAGCGCGCAGAGUUGUAUGCUCGUAUUGGUGACAAGGAGAAGGCUCUUGAAGCUUUUGAGAUGUUGAUGGAAAAGACCGGUAUUCUGGCCUCUAAGAUUGAUAUUGUUCUGGCCAUCAUCCGCAUUGCCAUGUUCUUCGAUGACAAGACUCUGGUCAAGAAGAGUGUUGAACGCUGCUCAGCCUUGGUCGAGUCUGGUGGUGACUGGGACCGCCGCAACCGCCUAAAAGCUUACCAAGGUCUUCACCUUAUCACCAUUCGCUCUCACGCUGCCGCCGCUCCUCUCCUUCUUGACUCUCUCAGCACCUUUACCGCCACUGAACUCUGCUCAUACAGCAACCUCGUUGUCUACACCGUUCUCGCUGGCAGCGUAGCUCUUCCUCGUCGUGAUUUCAAGUCGCGUGUCGUCGAUGCUCCCGAAAUCCGCGCUAUCGUCGGCUCAGAAGACAGCCACGAGAAACUCGCCGGUCUGUCAGGUGCUGUCUCUGCAAACCCAUCGGCCGGCACUGAUGCUAGCGCAAUGGAUGUCGACACCACAUCAUCGGCCACCCCCAAGCCUGCUGUUGUCAACCUCACUACACUGAACUCAGGCUCCGCCGAGCAAGAAAAUGCCGAACCCGAGAUCGACUUCUCUCCUCUCGCCCAGAUGAUUCGCUCCCUCUACUCUGGCCACUACCAAAACUUCUUCCGCGCCCUCAGCACGGUCGAGACCCAGUUCCUCGCACAAGAUCGUUACCUCUAUGAGCACCGUCGCUGGUACGUCAAGGAGAUGCGUCUGCGUGCUUACGCACAGUUGCUGCAAAGUUACAAGGUCGUGGGUCUCGAGAGCAUGGCUCAGAGCUUUGGCGUCAGUGUCGAUUGGCUGGACCGUGACUUGGCACCCUUUAUUGCUAGCCAGCGUCUCCCUUGCACGAUCGACCGUGUCAAGGGUGUUAUUGAGACACAACGCGCUGGUGACAAGAACAAGCAGUACACUGAUGUCGUCAAGCAAGGUGACCAGCUGAUUACAAAGUUGCAGAAGUACGGCCAGGUCGUCAGACUGCGUGGAAGUGAGAGAACUUGA